CACCUUCAGGUCGCGAUGCCAGGGUCUGACCAGGCUGUGGAGGUGGACGAGGUGGAGGAUCUAUCCCAGCUUGAGGAGGUGUGUGAGAGCUCUGUGCUGCUGAAUCUGAAGAAGAGGUUUCACCGGGACUCCAUCUACACGUACAUAGGUAACAUGCUGCUGUCACUUAACCCCUUCAAGCCCCUUGACCUCUACACAGAGGACCUCCGACAGCAGUACCAGGGCAAGGAGCAGAAACGCAACCCUCCCCAUGUAUAUGCUGUCGCCGAUGCAGCCUUCAGCCAAUCUCAGAGCUCACCACAAGAGCAGUGCAUCGUCAUAAGUGGUCAGAGUGGAUCAGGUAAGACCGAGGCCACCAAGCUUAUAGUCCACUACCUCAGCUCCAUGUACCAAGGCAUGAACAACAACCUCAGACAGCCCAUGGAGGUGCUGCCGAUUCUAGAGAGUUUUGGUAAUGCCAAGACCAUCCUCAACAACAACUCUAGUCGCUUUGGCAAAUACCUUCACGUCCACGUUCUCCAGGGUGUGGUGGUGGGGACUUCGCUGUCAAAGUACCUUCUUGAGAAGUCACGCGUUGUCUUCCAGGCCAAUGAGGAGAGGAACUACCAUGUGUUCUAUGAGCUGCUGGCGGGGAUGAACGACUGGGACAAACAGGAGCUCUAUCUGCAGGGAGCAGAGACAUACUACUACCUCAACCAAGGCGGGUUCUGUGAGCUGAAGGGGAAGCUGGACAAACAGGACUUCCUGUUGUUGGCCCAGUGCUUUGAGACGAUUGGUCUACACGCCGACCAGAUCUCCACAGUCUGGGCCAUCCUCUCCUCCAUACUACAGCUGGGGAAUAUCUGCUUCAGUUCCUACGAGGUGUGUGUGAGAGAGUGGAGUGAGUCGUUUGAGGUGGCCCGUAUCUUCAGUGAGGCAGAGGCCAGGAGAGUCGGUUCUCUCUUGCAGGUGUCUUCAGAGGCCCUACAGACUGUCAUCACACACAAAGUCACGGAGACAACCUAUGACAGGAUCUACUGCCCCCUGUCUGUGGAAAGUGCCAUAGAAUCCAGAGAUGCCAUAGCCAAGGCCCUGUACUCUGUGUUGUUCGAUUGGCUGUUGGAGCAGAUCAAUGAUUGGCUGAGCCCUACAGAAAUGGACAGCACCGUGGGGAUAGUGGACAUCUAUGGCUUCGAGGACCUGGGAGUGAACAGCUUUGAACAGCUGUGUAUUAACUUUGCCAAUGAGCAGCUGCAGCACUUUGUCAACAAGGCCGUGGUGACCCAGGAACAGGAAGAGUACAGUACAGAGCAGAUCCAGUGGUACCCCGUCCCACUGCAGGACUUCCACUCCUGUCUGGACCUCAUCUCCUCCAGGCCACAUGGUAUCCUCCGUAUACUGGAUGACCAGACCUGCCUACCCCAGGCCACCGACCACACCUUUCUCCAAAAGUGCCACUAUCACCAUGGGAACAGCCCACACUACACUAAGCCCAAGAUCCCUCUGCCUGUCUUCACUGUGUAUCACUACGCCGGAGCUGUCACGUACCAGGUCCAUAACUUUCUGAAUAAGAACCAUGAUCAGUUCCGUACAGAGGUGGUUGAGCUGUUUGCUAGGAGUAGACUGAAGAUGGUGUCAGGGCUGUUCCGUAAGGUGCAGGAUAAUUACCUGCAGCAGAGAGAGUUGGGCUGGAGGGGUAAAGGUCACAGGCAACAGCCCUCCACGGUGGCAGCACACUUCCAACAGUCCCUGACUGAGCUCACCACACGACUGGAGAGGUGUAAAACCACCUUUAUUCGAUGUUUCAAGCCAAAUUAUGUCAAGCUUCCCGGUAUCUUUGAUGUGGACUAUGUGUCAACCCAGCUGAGGCAUGCUGGGAUACUUGAGACCAUCACCAUCAGGAAGGAGGGAUUCCCCAUCCGCAUCCCCUUCUCCUUCUUUAUGGAGAGGUAUGGAAUCCUCCUGGUGGAGCGACCAGCCACCAUGUCUGAUAAGGAGCAGACCGUGGCGUUGCUGAACUUUGUAGGGGCUGAUGAGGGACAGUACCAGCUAGGACUCACUAAGGUGUUUCUGAAGGAGGUGCUGUACCAGCGUGUGGAGGACAAGUGGAACAGCACUCAGACCUGGGCUGCGGUUACCAUCCAGAGGAACAUCAGAGGGUUCAUCUGCAGGCGCAACUUUAGGUUCUUCAAACAGAAGGCCAUUGUCAUCCAGAGCCACAUACGAGGACAUCAGGCCAGGCAGUAUUACAAGCGUUUGAGACUGUCCUUCACUCAGUUCUGGGCUGCAAUGAUGAUCACCAGGAACACAAUCAAGAGACGACAGUGGAGGGAACAAGAGAGGAACGAAAGGAGCACGGUGAAACCCACCACUGAGACUGAAGAGCACACCUCAACAGGAAUGGAUGUGGGAAUGUUGGAGAUCCCAGCUGAGCUGUCGGCCAGACUACGCAGCGCAGCAGGGCGGCAGCAUGGCUCUGGGGUAACAGAGGUGGCGCCUCCACAGGUGAAAGCAGGACACGCCCUCACCCUGCCCCUCGAUAUAGACAGCUACCCCUUCUCACGAUACGCCAACACUACGCUGAAGGAUGGCUGGUGUCAGCCGCAGGGCUACUCCCUCCAGCGACCUCUGACCUAUCUGGAGCCUGAAGACGCUUGCAUCGCUCUGGAGAUCUACAAACUGAUCCUGCGCUUUGCAGGGGACAGUGAUUUGAGUGGCUGGCAGGAGCAGCUGUUGGGAAACUACAUCGUGGAGCAGGGCCUUACCAGACCCCCCCUGAGGGAUGAGAUCCUAGCCCAGAUAGCUUACACCACCUGGGGCAGGGAGUCAGAGGAGGGGUCCCUACGGGGCUGGUUGUUACUAGCCUGCUGCCUCAGUGCCUUCACCCCUUCCCCAGCCCUUGACAAAUCCUUGCUCAAGUAUGUGUCUGACAAGGGUCCAGGUGAAUAUCGUUCUCUGUGCCAGCACAAACUCCUCACCUCCCACCACCUACCCUCCCCCACCUCCCGCCUCCACCCCCCCUCCCAGCUUGAGUGGACAGCCAAUCAGAGGAGAGGAAAGAUGGUUCUGGACGUACACACCUUCAACGAGGAGAAGAUUACAGCUGAGGUAGAGUCCUGGACCACAGGAGAGCAGCUGGCCUCGUGGCUGCUCCACUUCAGAGGGUUAGGUGAGGCUCCUCGGGGCUGGUCUGUGUCUCUGCUGGCUGAUGAGGGCUGGUCUGACCUGCCUGGAUGUGACUUUGUCAUGGACCUGUUGGCUGGAGGAGAGACUGAUACUACACUGGGGACCGCACACACACCCACUGACUACCUGUUCAACAACGAGGGAAACCGGAUGAUAACAGAUCUAGAUGGGUUCAUCCCCCCGGCCCCCUCCAUGCAGGCCCCUGGUCUCCCCCAGCAGGAGGCCCACUGGGACGGCAGAGACUACCAGCCGUCAGAGGGUUCUCGUGGUCGUCAGAUGGAUGCUUAUCUGGAUGACCUCUUUGACCCAGUGCUGGACCAGGGACCAGGGGACAGGGAGCGUAUGGCCAUUUUGAACAGGAGGAUGAGAGGAGGAGGAGGGAUGUAUGGAGCAGGUGUCCCAAUGACAAUGCCAGGUUAUUCUAUGGGAAUGCCGAUGAACCCUGCCAUGCAAGGCUACGGGGCUCAGAUGAUGCCAAGUAUGAUGCCAUCUGCCCCCAUGCCUAUGAUGCCAACCAUGAUGAUGCCCCAGCCAGCUGCACCAGCCGUGGACUCCCAGCAGAUGGCAGCACAGCAGCAGGCUUUCAUCAACCAACAGGCCCUGCUCAUGGCCCAGCAGAUGACAAUGCAAGCCAUGACCAUGUCCCAGCAGCAGGCUCAGGAGCAGCAGCAGAGACAGCAGCAGCAGCAAAGACAGCAGCAGCAGAGACAGGAGCAGCAGAGACAGGAGCAGCAGCAGCAGAGACAGGAGCAGCAGCAGCAGAGACAGGAGCAGCAGCAGCAGAGACAGGAGCAGAGACGCCAGGCUAACCGAACCGCCACACCCCCCCGCGCCCCAUCACCCCCACCCCCACCCCCACCCCCACUCCACACAAAUCCCCCCACCCCACCACCGCUACGCACACCCAGCCAGAUGAAAACACAGCCACAGCACCAUAUACCUGAGCCGGAGAGGGAUGUGGACUUUGCCAGUCCAGACCAGCGUGAGUCUUUCAAGGUGAAGAGAGAGUUUUUCCAGAAGAUUGGUUCUCAGCCCAAGCCAGCAGCCAAACCGUUAAAGCCUCGCCCUGCUCCCAGCAGCCCCCCCAAACAGACCCGGCCCCGCACCCCCUCUCCACCCCCAGCCCCCAGGACUUUGCAACCUCCCCCCUCUCCUCCUGCCAGAGACCCAUACCCCCCCAGCCCCCCUGCCUCCCCGCCCCGCCCACCACCAGCAUCCGUGACAUCAUCAAACAAUACCAGAACCGCCCCGCCAGUGACCCCAGACCCUUCGAGCCCGGUUCCAGCCCGGUCGUUUGUGAAGAAGAAUGAUCCUAAAGAGGAGGCCUUGGCGAUCCUCAUGAAUAAAGGACCUGUACAACAGCAGAGAAAGUGGGCCCCUCCUCCCCCCAUGGAGGGGGAGCCCCCCCGUCAGAGACAGCCUCGCCCAGCGUGGCAAUCCUCUCCUCCCUCCACCAGAGGGCCUCGCUCAAUCUCCAACAGCAUGAAGCAGAAACAGCGCUCCCUGGCCGACCUCUUUGGCACGCAGGGUCGUUCCAAGAACCUUCCGCCUGCUCCACCCAAGUCCACCCCUCCUUAUCCCCCAGCCAUCUUUGAAAGCUUGCCAGACCCUCCCGCCAAGGCUGCCCCCACACUCAAUCUGUCUGGGGAGGAGAGUGUUCGCUCCCAGCUCCACAGGUUCUCUGCCAGCGUCUACUUCUCCAACUCUGCCAUGCCUGGCAAACUGUUCCUACGCAAGGAGGUGUUUUACCCCAGAGAGGGGUUCAACCACCCCUACAUCCUCAACCUCCUUUGUGAGCAGAUCAUGAGAGACACGUACUCUGACACCUGUGUGAGGAUCACCCGAGAGGACCGGAGAAAAAUGAAAGACCUACUAGCCAGUUUCCACGUGGGCACCAGUAUCAGCUCGCUUCAGGACGACACUAUGAAGAAGAGGAUAGUGAUGGCUGCCAGGGACAACUGGGAAAACUACUUCACACGACUCUUCCCUGUCAAAGGUGGCACCAGCGGGGACACCCAGCUGUUGGGCGUGUCUCAUCGUGGGAUUCGACUGAUGAAGGUGGCCAGAGCAUCAGGCAUAAACCCCAAACACCUGCGCCUGCUACGGAGCUACAGCUAUGCAGAGCUGCUGUCGGUGGAACUGCGGUCUGCCGACAUCGUGGAAUUCAGUCUAAAGGGAGAGCAGCUACAGCUGCAGAGCAACAGGGCUCCACAGAUCACUGCCAUGGUCAGCCUGUUCCACCUAGAACUCAUCAAUGGCUCAGAUCAUGUGAUUGCCCUGAAGAGCUUUGUGACCGACGACAAGAGCCUGCUCAGCUUCCGCAAGGGUGACGUCAUCAAACUGCUGCCCAUUGACGGCCUCCAGCCAGGUUGGUGUUUCGGUUCCAUCGGGGGGCGCUCCGGCCUCUUCCCCAUCGACGUCACUCAGCCGUCUGCCCCUCCUGACUACCACCACGUCCACCUUGACCGCCUCGACGAGAGGAGGAAGAGCAUGAGAGCCCCCAAGCCGCCCGCUGCCACUAGACCCCCAGCUCCCAGGUCCACUCCCCACACUGGCUCAGCACAGCUCAGCCGAGGGAGCUCCAUGCUGAGGUCAGCUUGUUCCGUCCAAGUAUCGGUCCAGGGCAGUGAGAUGAGUGACGCCCAGACGUUCCAGAUGACAGAGUUUGCCGUGAAAUACUUCAGAGACACUGCCACCAGAAUGGAGGGUAAUGGUCUGCUAUAUGGAGGUAUAAACUUCUCAGAGGUGCUUCAGUACACAGAGGUUCCCAUUCAGGAAUCCCUCAUCUUGUACAUUGAUCCUGAGCUCAAUGGCCUGGCUGUCCAGGCCUUCCUGAGUGUGAUGCAGUUCAUGGGAGACCAGCCUCUUGGGAGGCACACGUCUGAGGGAGACUGUGUCAGCCAUAUCUUGAUGUUAGGGAAGGAGAAAGAGUUUCUGAGAGAUGAGAUUUACUGCCAGGUGAUCAAACAGAUCACAAACAACACACACAAAGAGAGAUGUACCCGGGGUUGGCGUCUGUUGAACCUGGUAGCAGGGUUCUUCCCCUGCUCUGGCACUCUGAACCCCUACAUCACAUGUCAUCUACAAAACAUCAGCCAAGACCCCACACACCUCUACCAAGAGCUGUCUCAAAACUGUAAGGAGAGCAUGUUCGGGACUCUGAUCCACGGUGGUCGCAGACACGUCCCCUCUCACGCAGAGAUGGAAGCCAUACUGGCCGGCAGACAAUCUCGUCGGUUCCCCAUCAAGCUGCCAGGCGGAGUGGAGUUCUUCUGCAGGAUACGCAGCUUCAGCGUGGCUCUAGAGGUCGUGGAAGAGCUGUGUACAGAGAUGGGCAUCCAGGACCCGUCAGAAGUCAAGGAGUUUUCUAUCCAUGCCAUUCGGGACAAGGAUGGGAUGGUGCGGCCUCUCCACUCAGAGGAGUACCUGUUUGACUUCCUAUUGGACGACGGCUCCAUCGUCCUGUCCUUCCACCGUGUCAUAUGGACACACCCACUUCACUUCGACAACGACCUCUACCUGGAGUUCCACUUCCAACAGGUCCUGUGUGACUACCUGGACGGCAAACUGAUGCUGCCAGGCAGUGGUGCCGCUGUCGUCCAGCAGACGGCAGAGCUGGCUGUCCUGCAGCACCUGGCACAGGGCCUCACUCAAGAGCCUUCUGUGCUAGAACUGAAGGGGUACCUCCCCCAACAGGAAGGGGGCAGCACCAACCUGGAGCAGAUCCACACUAUCUCCCUCAGAGAGAUAACCGCCAUGCGCUCUCUCAGCCCCCGUGCUGCCAAGGCACGCUUCCUCGAGUGCCUGAGCUCCCUGCCUCUGUUCGGUUCUAAUGUCUUCCUGGCUCAGAAGGUCAGCCAUCGCAGCUGUCCCUCGCCCUGCCUGGUGGCUGUCAACCAAGAAGGAGUGCUGUUCUGCCAUCCCAAUAUGCAGGAGCGGGCAUUAAUGAUCCCAUUGGUGGAAGUGCAGUCACUGCGCUCAGUUAAACCCAAGAAAGACAAGAAGGUGCCUGGAGUGGAGAUCAACUACGGCAACCCAGGACUAAAAACCAUCACCAUCCACCUCAAACAGGCCAAGAAGCUGUGCCACAUCAUUGCUGUCAUCAUGGAGGAGCUGGUGAGACCACCCAUCAAUAGCUCUAUCUCCAGCCGCAACCCCUAGACACACACACACACACACACACCUGCAGUUGGAUAGGAAAUGAGUUCUACAACUGUCAAUCAUUGAUUCAUAUACGCAAUGAAAGCAAAUCACUUUCCACAUCUACCAUUCCUUCUCCUGUGUCAGUGAUACUCCAGUUGGUGAUUGAUUGAUGAAAAUGGUUGAGAAAUGAAUUAUAUCCACUACAGGUUUCAUUUUCUCAAUUUCCCAACAAACACGCACUCAGAGAGGGAGCCUAUUGAUAAGCAGACCUGCACUGAUAAAUAUCAAAACAAAUCAAUGCCUUCAGAUUUUUAUCUAAAACAUUUCCUUAUUUAAAAAAAACAUCACAGCCUUUGAAUACCAAUGAAUGUCCAAAUUUGAAUAUUGCUUUGUACGUGUUAGGUUUCCGUGCAAUAUAUCUUUAUAUAACCGAUUUAUCAAUGUGUUUCUUUGUAGUAAAUAUUUUUGUAAUUUAAAUCAAAUUAUUUUGUAGAUGGAUGAAACUGUUCUUGUUUACUUUGUGUAUAACUAUUAAAAAGUAUUGCUGAAUAAGG